GCGGGUGGGGCAGAUUGGGGAUGGGGCGGGUACAACCUAAAAUUCACUCCGCCCCAUUACCCAUGACGGAUAUGGUUUUUAUCUCCAUCCCCGCCCCAUUGCAAUUCCUCAUCGCACUUUCGCACACCAUCACCACACUCCCUCUCUACAUCAUGACGCCACCAACAACAACACCAUCGCACAACUCUUCCUCACCUCAAUACUUAGCCACCAACACACCAACAAACAUCAGCCACACCAAGCCGCCAUUUCAACGAUGCUACACCCAACAAUAAUAACGCGGCAACAAAGCAACCCACGACAUUAAUUCUAGCAAUUUUACCCCAAAAAAUUAGCUGAAAUUAGGAAACCCAAAAUGCGUAUUGUUAUAUGGAAGCAGAGAAGGGGAAAAUGAUGUAAGGGAAGCUGCAAGGAAGGAGAUAUAGAGGGAUAUAAUGAUGAAAUGGGGAUGUUGGGUACCGAAUUGGGGAAAUAAGGGUGAGAAUUUGGUUAAUUUAAAAUCAUGUGACCGGCCAAAGUGGUCAACGCCGGAGAAAUUAGUCAAAGAUGAAAAUUCGGCUUAGGAUAAUUUCUUACGACAUUUUUUAUAUUAAUAGAUAGUUUCUUACUGCUAUUAUAUUUUAAAGGUUGUUUCUUACAACAUUUUUUUGUUAGGUAAUUUCUCACAAAAAAAUGGCUUUUAAUAGAUAGUUUUUGACGAAAAGUCCAAAAAUAAAUUAAGCCACUUUAUAAUCAUCCAAAAAUUGCAAUCAACAUAGUUUCUCAUUCAAUUAGGAAAAAAUAAAAUAUCUAUUCUAAUCCAUAUGACCUAGUCCAAAAAUAAAAAAAAAUAUUUGCUCCCCACUUCCAAGUUUCACUCAGCGCUUAAUGUCCUAAAUCACGGAAUACUUAAAAACUUUAAAAUAGCCCUCCUACUCCCCUACUGAUUAACAAAAUCACAAGUAGAAGAAUCCUAAGUACAAGCUCCAAAAUAGCUUUUGGUGUUUAAAAACAUUUCGCAGAGUAAAUUGGACCGCGCAAUUUUCAUUCCAAAACCCAAACCUGAAAACUGUCCAAAUAAAAACAUAUUCCCAAACCCAAUUUUCCCAAAUUUCAAAACUCGAAACAAUAACGUGGCAACAAAGCAACCCCGACAUUAAUUCUAGCAAUUCCACCCCAAAAAAUUAGCUGAAAUUAGGAAACCUAAAAUGCGUAUUGUUAUAUGGAAGCAGGGAAGGGGAAAAUGAUGUAAGGGAAGCUGUAAGGAAGGAGAUAUUGAGGGAUAUAAUGAUGAAAUGGGGAUAUUGGGUACCGAAUUGGGGAAAUAAGGGUGAGAAUUUGGUUAAUUUAAAAUCAUGUGACCGGCCAAAGUGGUCAACGCCGGAGAAAUUAGUCAAAGACGAAAAUUCGGCAUAGGAUAAUUUCUUACGACAUUUUUAUAUUAAUAGAUAGUUUCUUACAACUUUUAUAUUUUGAAGGUUGUUUCUUACAACAUUUUUUUGUUAGGUAGUUUCUCACAAAAAAUGGCUUUUAAUAGAUAGUUUUAGACGAAAAGUCCAAAAAUAAAUUAAGCCACUUUAUAAUCAUCCAAAAAUUGCAAUCAGCAUAAUUUCUCAUUCAAUUAGAAAAAAAAAUAUCUAUUCUAAUCCACAUGGUCUAGUCCAAAAAUUUUUUAAAAAAAAAAUUUGCUCUCCACUUCCAUAGUUUCACUCAGCGUUUAAUGUCCUAAAUCACGAAAUAUUUAAAAACUUUAAAAUAGCCCGCCUACUCCCCUAGUGAUUAACAAAAUCACAAGUAGAAGAAUCCUAAGUACAAGCUCCAAAAUAACCUUUUGGUGUUUAAAAACAUUUCGCAGAGUAAAUUAGACCGAGAAUUUUCAUUUCAAAACCCAAACUUGAAAACUGUCCAAAUAAAAACAUAUUCCCAAACCCAAAUUUCCCAAAUUUCAAAAUUCAAAACAACCAACCCCCCUCAAUUCAAUUUUUCGCGGAACCGAACCGAAAUUAGAAAUUAAAAUGUACAUUCAUAGAACCGCGAAACUUUAACAUUUUUUGAAACAAUCUCAAAUGGCGCCUUCAUUCUUCUACAAAGAGACUCACUUCUCUCACCUCCAUUUCCACCACAACUCUUCUUCUGCUUCCUUCUCUUUCUCUCUCUAAUUUUCUCUUUCGGCUUUCGGGUUAUCGGAAUAAUGGCGAAUCAGGAGAAUUGUAUGAGGGUUACCAGGCAGUCGGCGAAGCGAAGAGCUGCCGAAGCUAUGUCAGAGAAUCCGCAGCAUCAGCCACCGGCGAACAAAAGAAGGGUUGUUUUGGGUGAAAUACCUUCGAACAUUUUGGGGAAUUCAAGCUUAAGAUCUUGUUCUGAGCCUCGUGCAAGAGGUCGUUCGAGGAAACCUGCUAAACCAAUUAGUAGUUCGUCGAUUCCGGCAUCGGAGAAAACUCCGGAAGAAGAUGUUGUUGGUGUUGGAAAGGUAGCUACUGAAGAUAUUGAUGCUGGUUCAGAUGAUCCUCAAAUGUGUGGGCCUUAUGUUACUGGAAUUUAUGAAUAUCUUCGGAAUAUGGAGCAAGAAGAGAAGAGAAGGCCGCUGGGAGAGUACAUGCAGAUAAUCCAGAAAGAUGUAAGUGCGAAUAUGAGAGGAAUUUUGGUGGAUUGGUUAGUAGAGCUUGCUGAAGAAUUCAAGGUUGUUUCAGACACACUUUAUUUGACAAUUUCACACAUCGAUCGAUACUUGUCCCUCAAACCGAUUAAUCGACAAAAACUUCAGCUUCUGGGUGUUUCUGCUAUGCUAAUUGCAUCGAAGUAUGAAGAAAUAGAUCCCAAACCUGUUGAGAAAUUCUGUGAUAUGACAGAAAAUACCUACACUAAACAAGAGGUUGUAGAUAUGGAGGCUGAUGUACUCAAAACUCUCAACUACGAAAUGGGUAAUCCUACCGUAAAAUCGUUUCUCAGGAGGUUCGCCAGGGUUGCUCAAGGAAAUUCUAAGAAUCCAAAUCUGCAGUUGGAAUUUUUGGGUUACUACUUAGCUGAGCUCAGUUUGCUAGAUUAUGGAUGUGUGAAGUUCUUACCUUCUAUGGUAGCGGCAUCAGUUAUUUUUCUUGCAAAGUUUACAACACAACCCAAAAAGCACCCUUGGAAUUCAAGCUUGCAAUCUUAUACUGGUUAUAAACCAUCGGAUCUAAAAGAAUGUGUUCUUCGGAUCCAAGACUUGCAACUAGAUCGAAGAGGCGGGUCUUUGGUAGCAGUAAGAAACAAAUACAAGCAGCAUAAGUACAAAUGCGUUUCAACAUUAGCAUCUCCAGCAGAGAUACCCGCUUCUUACUUAGAUGAAGUUAAGGAGAGAUAGAUCACUCGGAUGGCAGAUCUUUCUUAUUUUGCCAUAGAUAAAGCUCUCAUUGCUAAGUGCUAAAGAUGCUACCAAUGAUCAGCGUUUCACAUUUUUUUGUAAAUUUAGGAGUUUAAUUGCUGAUUGAGUGUAGCAAGCAAUUUUUGAUAUGAAUUGAAAGCCAUGACAACAUCAUAUGCUUGUAUGACUUGACAUUGAUGAAGUAGCCGGAGCAAAUCUGUGCAGAAUAUAGGCAUGUAAUUUAGGGUAAAAUCAGAAUCUGGUUGUAGAUGAUUAGUCUAGUGGUUAAUUGAGGAUGAAUGAAAUUAGCACUUGUUGGAAACUUCAGAUUAAUAAGAAUUGCAUUAUUUGCCUCA